GCGGCGGCGCCCGGCAUGUAUCAGAGCCCGCGGCGGCUCUGCUCGGCCCUGCUGCACAGGGACGCGCCCGGCCUGCGCGCCUGCCCGCCGGGCUGCGCGCAGCCGUCCCGCCGGCGGCCGCCCUCGCCUGCGGCCGCCGCCGCGCCUCUGCUGGCGGCGGCCUCGGCGGCCUCGGGCGCCGCGAGGUCCAGUGCCCUAACAGCGUGUUCCAUGGGAAACGGUACAAGCAGACUCUACAGUGCUCUCGCCAAGACACUGAACAGCAGCAGUGCCUCCCAGCACCCAGAGUAUUUGGUGUCACCUGAUCCAGAACACCUGGAGCCCAUUGAUCCUAAAGAACUUCUUGAGGAAUGCAGGGCUGUCCUGCAUACUCGACCUCCCCGGUUCCAGAGGGAUUUUGUGGAUCUGAGGACAGAUUAUCCCAGUAGACACCCACCUAUUAGGGUCAUGCAGUGGAAUAUCCUCGCCCAAGCUCUUGGAGAAGGCAAAGACAACUUUGUACAAUGCCCUGUUGAAGCACUCAAAUGGGAAGAAAGGAAAUGUCUCAUCCUAGAAGAAAUCCUAGCCUACGAGCCAGAUAUAUUGUGCCUCCAAGAGGUGGACCACUAUUUUGACACCUUCCAACCACUCCUUAGUAGACUGGGCUAUCAAGGCACGUUUUUCCCCAAGCCCUGGUCACCUUGUUUAGAUGUAGAACACAACAAUGGUCCAGAUGGUUGUGCCUUAUUUUUUCUCCAAAACCGAUUCAAGCUGGUCAGCAGUGCCAAUAUUAGGCUGACAGCCAUGACAUUGAAAACCAAUCAAGUGGCCAUUGCACAGACCCUAGAGUGCAAGGAGUCAGGUCGACAGUUCUGUAUUGCUGUCACCCACUUAAAAGCACGCACUGGCUGGGAGCGGUUUCGAUCAGCUCAAGGCUGUGACCUUCUCCAAAACCUGCAAAGCAUCACCCAAGGCACCAAGAUUCCACUUAUUGUUUGUGGGGACUUCAAUGCAGAGCCAACAGAGGAAGUCUACAAACACUUUGCUUCCUCCAGCCUCAACCUGAACAGCGCCUACAAGCUGCUGAGUGCUGAUGGGCAGUCAGAACCCCCAUAUACCACCUGGAAGAUCCGGACCUCAGGGGAGUGCCGGCAUACCCUGGAUUAUAUCUGGUAUUCUAAACAUGCACUAAGUGUAAGGUCAGCUCUUGAUUUGCUAACCGAAGAACAGAUUGGACCCAACCGGCUACCAUCCUUCAAUUAUCCUUCAGACCACCUGUCUCUAGUAUGUGACUUCAGCUUUAAUGAGGAACCUGAUGGACUUUUAUAAAUGCUUGUCUUAGUCUUUUUAAUCACUAGAGUCUUAACCAGGGAUGUUUCAGGAAACUGAAAUAGGAUAAGAAGUUGCCUGAGGAGGACAGAGACAUGGAAAGUUUCUAUCAUUUCACUUCCCAUGUCUCCAGCAUGCCCUUGGGAAAGAAUCCCAUUAGUUCGAAAAUCUUUUCAAUUAAAACCUAUAGCAAAAAAGGUGUUUGCACUCCAGUUUUGGCUUGUAUUUUCUUUUCCCUUAGCAUUACAUUUUGAUCAUUUAAGGGCAUUAGAUUGGCUUAUUUUGAAGCUUUUUCAGUUUGAGGAUGCUAUAAAAACUCAAACUUGCUUGAGUCCUUCUUAAUGAACAAUAAAGUAUAUAGGAGUAAUUUCUCUAGACUGCAUUUUAAGUUAUUUAUUUAACGGUUUUUUUAAUGUCAAGAUAUGCAUGGCAGUAUUUAUUUUUUAUAUUGUCAUAAAAUUAAGUAAAUAAAUUACAGCAUUGUGAACACUUUAGAACCAUGCAAAACAUAAGUUAUAGAGAAAGUAAUUUAUAGUAAUUUUCUUAAAGCUUUAAAAUGUUUUCCUUUGGGGUCUAACGAAAUGUGUACAAAGGAACUAUUUAUAUUUAGCCUGGAGUUUUUGUUACUUAAGUAUCAUCAGGUCUUGAUACAUUCUUCAUAAAUAAUCCUUGCUAUGUCUCCAUGUUCUCCAUGUGUUUGUUGACAAGAUUCCAAUUUUCAAUUAAUGUUUUCAUUAUUUAAUCACUGUUAUGUAAACUUUUUCAUUGGAAUAAUAUUGGUAUAUGUUUAGGUCACUGAAUGUCAUCAUUAUUUGUAUUGGAAUGUGCUUUUCAUAAUAGGUUAUUUAGGAGCUGUUAUGUGGCAGUGGCUAAGAAAGUCAGUGGGACCUUCUUUCCAAACUUGGAAAUCUUCCUAGAAAGCCUGUUAAGCUGUCAUUGAAAUUUCUAAAACAGCCAGAUACUGUCAUUCAAAACAUCUAGAAAGAAUGUAAAAAGUUAAAAAGGUAACCUGGAAUUCUCCUCUACCAGAAAAACAAGUGGUAAAGGUAACAGGUGAAGGAAGCCUCUUCCAGACAAUAUAACCUAUCGGUAAUAAAUUGAUAAACAUUUUAAUUCAUGAGUUGUUAAUACUUAAUAUUAUUAAUAAAUGGUCUUUUAAAGCUA